AAAUUGCACUGAUGAAAUUAUAUUGAAUGCAUUAUUAUUGUUAUUACAAUCACACAAAUAUGUAUAAUAUAAUUCUUAAAAUGAAAAUUUAAAUUCCAUAUACAGUUAAAAAAACUUCAGAUAAAUUAAAACGGAGUAUAAUUUAAGUGCAAUCAUUUACAUAAUUUGAUGCAGGUAUAGUGGAUUAUAAUUAAAUUCCAACUUCAUCAUAUAGUAUAAUAAUAUAGUCUAGUGUCACCUUCACCCCCCAUCUCCCCAUCUACUUUCUGCAUUCUCCCAAUGGGUCAUAAUAAUCCGUACACCUAAAUUCCUUCAUUUUUUUUCGAGCUGCAAAAAAUAUGGAGGAUGAAGAUAUGCAUAUCUGUCCUCAUAUCAACAGUGUUGAUAUGAGCAAGUUGCUACCUACCAGCCUUGCGUACUUAAAUAAGAAAAGAAAGUUUCAAGCUGAACAAUUGGGAAUGCCUCUACCAAAACAUGUGUGCUCGUAUCAUAGUUCUGCUGAAUGUAGUUCUUCACAUCCUGGCGUAGAGGCUAAGGAGUCUUUGGCAUGCAUGAGUACAGUAGAAAAUGCUGCAAGGGUCCAGGAUGAUGAUUCAGAACUCGAAUCUGAGAAUGGCAGCAAUUGCUUCUCUGGAGAUGCUGACUCUGUCACGUCUCACGAGGCUAAAAUUCAUCCUGGAUAUCUGAAAUCAUGUUCGUCCGAUCAGGCUUCAACGUCAUCUGUUAAUUUGGGUGGUGACUGGUCCAGAAAUGUCCUUUAUUCUUUGGAGAGCAGAUCAAUAACAAAAUUAAUGCCUGAUAGGUCAGAGCAAUCCCCUACUGGCAGAGGAUGGGGUAUUCUACAUCAUGGUUCUGGAUGCCACCCAUCAAUGGAUUAUGAGGAGCAUUUGUUGGGAUUUGGGAAUCAUGGGGAUUGCACUUGCGCAGAAUGCAGAACUGAGGACAUUGAGCUGGCAAUGGAAAAAGAACUUGAAAAUUUGCUAAACUCCAAUGUGAAUCCAAACAAUUAUGUUCUUUCAUCAGGAAGAUGGACUGUUAACCAAGAUUCACAGCCAAGUUCCACGAAACUAACCAUUGAUAAAGAGUUUGAGCAGUACUUUUCCAUGCUUAUGAUGUAACAGAAACCAUUCAGUUCGAAAGGCUGGCUUAUAUGUCGUUAAUAAUUGGUUUCAAAUGGCUUGUUUAUAUGGUGCUAUUAUUUGCUAUUGUAUGCAUCCCUUGUAGCAACAGAAACAAAUAUGAGAACUUGGUAAUGUAACUGCCCCAAAUGGUUAUUGUACAGAAGCUUUUGCUUGCCUAA